CGUAGGAGUGGGAGGUCCACAGAGGUCAGAACUCCUCAUUUUCAAGCGGUCCUCUCCAAUACGCCGUGGAAAGCGAACAGAUUGCGAGUAAAUGACCACUCCAAACUCUCGGUUUUGCAACCUCCACUUGUAACUAAGUUCUAGUUGUUGAGGGACUUUGGCUUUUGAGCCAUGCAGCGGGAGCUCCUGUUCAAAGUGUUGGUGAUCGGGGACCUGGGCGUGGGCAAGACGUCCAUCAUCAAGCGCUACGUGCACCAUAUCUUCUCGCAGCACUACCGCGCCACCAUCGGCGUCGACUUCGCCCUCAAGGUGCUCCAGUGGGACCCGGACACCGUCGUCCGCCUGCAGCUCUGGGACAUAGCAGGACAAGAGCGCUAUGGCAACAUGACGCGCGUCUACUACCGGGAAGCAGUGGGCGCGCUGGUGGUCUUCGACAGCACGCGAGCGUCCACGUUUGACGCCGUGCUCAAGUGGAAGGACGACCUGGACUCCAAGGUGACACUGAACCACGGGAGGCCCGUUCCCGCGGUCCUCUUAGCCAACAAGGCCGACCAAGCGACGUGCCAGCAGCCCAGACUGGACGCCUUCUGCAGAGACAACGGCUUCGUUGGCUGGUUCCUGACCUCGGCCAAGGAAAACAGCAACAUCGAGGAGGCCGCUCACUGCCUGGUGGAGCACAUCCUGAGCAACGAAGAGAGCCCCCCGAUGGAGCGGGAGCCCGCCACCCUGGUCCUGUCGGGGUACGCCAACGCCACCAAGGAGCACCUCGGCUGCUCGUCGUGUCCCAAGUGACGACUCCCGCCUGCCCCGGCCAAUCACAGACCAGCAGGAAGUGGACGCCGAUCAGGGACGACAGUAGAUAGGUCUAAAAAAAUAAUUUAUUUAUCAUUCAAAUGAAUGCUUUUUAAUAUAGAAUGUGUCAGCUUUAGUGUUGUAUCAAAGUGUUAUUUUAUA